CCGGCGGCAAAACGGGGCGCAACGGAUCCCAUUUCCGUCGCCCCGUUCCUCUCGGCCUCCCCCCGUCCCCAGCGCGGUUUGGAGUGACGCGACGAGCUCUUGUUGUUGGAUCUCCGCCGUGGCGGCGAGCGCCCGCCCAGUCCCUCGUUUGAGGUAAGCAUGGUUAGCACAGUAAAGGUCCACAAUGUCUCGCUUGAAGCAUCAGAACAAGAUAUCAGGGAAUUCUUUUCCUUUUCUGGUUUUAUCUUACAUGUUGAAUUGCAAAGUGGCGAUGAGCGGUCUCAGUUUGCCUACAUCACCUUCAAAGAUGACGAAGGAUCAGAGAGGGCUAUGCUUCUGACGGGUGCGACUAUAGUGGAUAUGGCUGUCAUCAUAACACCAGCAACUAAUUAUCAGCCACCAGCAGCUGUUUUAGCUGAUUUGGAGUCUAAAAAUAUUGGUGGAGUGGAAUCUGCCCUUCGGAAGGCUGAGGAUGCCGUUGGUUCCAUGUUGGCCAAAGGAUUUGUCCUUGGGAAGGAUGCCCUUGAAAAAGCCAAGUCUUUUGAUGAAAGGCAUCAACUCACGUCCACUGCAACUGCGAAAGUCUCCUCGCUCGACAGGAAGAUGGGUCUAAGCCAGAAGUUCAAUACUGGUACCUUAGUGGUAAUUGAGAAAAUGGAAGAAAUGGAUCAGAAAUACCAGGUUGCAGAGAAGACCAAGUCGGCAUUAGCAGCUGCAGAACAGACCGUCUCUACUGCUGGCUCUGCAAUCAUGAGUAACAGAUAUAUCCUUACAGGGGCAGCAUGGGUAACUGAUGCCUACAGCAAGGUUGCAACCACUGCAACUGAUGCUGGAGCAAAGGCAAAGGAAAUGAUGGUGCCUGAGCAGGAUGGCAAACAUCAAGAUGAUGAACCGGCAAAGGGCCAUUCUCCUGAAAACUCUGAGGGCGUACAAGAAGGCAAGCAUCAGGAAGAUGAAGGACCAAAGAGUAACACGCCAGAAAACUCUGAAAUGGGUAAACAGGAGAUGGAAAAUCAGGAGGGUGAAAUCCCAACAGCCCGUGCGCAAGAAAACGCUGAAAUAGCUGAGAAGAAGUAUAAUCAUGAGGAGGCUGAAUUACCAAAGGCCGAGCAGACUGAACGGGAGCACAAGCACCCGGACAGCGAAUUGUCAAAAACCCAUGUCCGAGGAAGUCCUGUAACUAUUCCUGUCUGUACGGCCACUACUGAUGGAAAUACUAGUAGCAAUACUCCAAAGAAGCCUGAGCAUGCCCAGGGAUUCAUCUGAUGAUGUGUCCGAUUCAACGAAUGUAAAUAUGGAUGUGGGAUGCCAGUGAUGUUUUUGAUUCGGCUCAUACUGCGGAACUCUCAAAUCUUUCAGAUAUCUUUCUCAAUUGUUUCCAGAUUUUAAGAUUGUAAUAAUCACCUUUUUUAUUGUUUUUGUUCAGUUUUGAUCUACAUUUGUAUUCUAGGUCCUUGUUUAUGCACUAUUUUCUUAUCUGUAAAGGAAAACUGUGCCAACAGUUGUAUUCUUAGCACAAAUCAAGUAUGCCGUCUGUUUGCUGCCCUUGCAAUUGUAUUUCUUCUCCUGGACUCUUGCUGCAAACACACUCUGUAUCCAAUUCCUCUGCAAACAUGGUCUAU